AUGCCACCAAAAGAGGAUUGGGAAAAGUAUAAGGCUCCUGUAGAGGAGGAAACAAAGGAAGAAAAGCCUAAUGUUCCGCUAACGGAAGGAGACAUCCAGGUUUUGAAGACAUACGGGGCUGCACCAUAUGCUGACAAGCUUAAGGCAAUUGAAAAAGAUUUGAAGGAUAUCGAAACGCGUAUAAAGGAAAAAGCAGGGGUCAAGGAAAGUGACACAGGUCUUGCGCCAUCUCAUCUCUGGGAUAUCAUGGGUGAUAGACAGCGUUUAGGUGAAGAACAUCCUCUUCAGGUGGCAAGAUGUACUAAAAUCAUUAAGCCUGAGGCUAGUGAAGAGAAUGCUGGUGAUGAAGAUGAAGAAGAUUCAAAGUACGUUAUCAAUUUAAAGCAAAUCGCCAAGUUUGUGGUUGGUCUUGGUGAGCGUGUAUCUCCUACUGAUAUUGAAGAAGGUAUGAGAGUAGGUGUGGAUAGAUCGAAGUAUCAUAUCGAGUUGCCACUUCCCCCAAGGAUUGAUCCCUCGGUAACUAUGAUGACUGUGGAAGAAAAGCCAGACGUCACAUACAGUGACGUUGGAGGUUGUAAAGAACAAAUUGAAAAGCUUCGGGAGGUUGUGGAGUUGCCACUGCUGUCUCCAGAAAGAUUCGCCACUUUGGGUAUCGAUCCUCCCAAGGGUAUUCUGCUAUAUGGACCACCAGGUACAGGUAAAACAUUGUGUGCUCGUGCUGUGGCCAACAGAACGGACGCAACCUUUAUUAGAGUAAUCGGUUCCGAAUUAGUUCAGAAGUAUGUCGGUGAAGGUGCUCGUAUGGUGAGAGAGCUUUUUGAAAUGGCACGCACAAAGAAAGCAUGUAUCAUUUUCUUUGACGAGGUAGACGCCAUUGGUGGUGCCCGUUUCGAUGAUGGUGCCGGAGGUGACAAUGAAGUACAAAGAACAAUGUUAGAGCUAAUUACACAGUUAGACGGUUUCGACCCUAGAGGUAACAUCAAAGUCAUGUUUGCAACUAAUAGGCCUAACACAUUAGAUCCAGCCCUGCUAAGACCAGGAAGAAUUGAUCGUAAAGUAGAGUUUUCUUUACCUGAUUUGGAAGGUCGUGCAAAUAUUUUCAGAAUUCAUACGAAGUCUAUGAGUGUGGAACGUGGUAUUAGAUGGGAAUUAAUAUCCAGAUUGUGCCCUAAUUCUACUGGUGCGGAGUUGAGAUCCGUAUGCACAGAGGCUGGUAUGUUCGCCAUUAGGGCGAGGAGGAAGGUUGCUACCGAGAAAGAUUUCCUCAAAGCUGUGGAAAAGGUCAUAAACGGUUACAAGAAAUUCAGUUCGACGUCCCGCUAUAUGCAAUAUAACUAG